AUGGCUCGCCGCCCUCCAACCUCUACUGAGCUCGACCCCCUGGUCUCCGAAUACCAGCAUGACCAACACCGCCCCCGCGCCCCCGAAGCCCUGCACACACUGCGCAAGAUCGCCUCCCUCGUCAAACCGCUGAUGCGGCAGCGAAACUGGCGCGUCAGCGUGCUCUGCGAGUUCUAUCCCGAGCAACCCAACCUUCUCGGCCUGAACAUCAACCGCGGCCAGAAGAUCUGUCUGCGACUACGCUACCCAGGUGAUGAGAGACAGUUCCUCCCUGUCGAGGAGGUGGUAGACACCAUGUUGCAUGAGCUAUGCCACAAUGUGCAUGGGCCGCAUGACGAGCACUUUCAUGCGCUGUGGAAUCAGUUGAGGAAUGAGCAUGAGGCGCUUGUGAGGAAGGGGUAUACGGGCGAAGGAUUCCUGAGCGAUGGGAGGAAGCUUGGUGGGAGCGAGAGGUUGCCGAUGCAUGAGGCGAGGAGGAGAGCGAGGGCUGCGGCGGAAAAGAGGAAGACGCUUGCAGCGGGCAGCGGCCAGAAGUUGGGUGGUGCGCCCGUGAGAAGGGGCACGGAUAUCAGGAAGGUGAUUGCGGAUGCGGCGCAGAGGAGGAUUACGGUCAUGAAGGGGUGUGCGAGCGGGACGGAUCAAGGAAGGCAGAUCGCGAGGGAUGUAGAGGAGAAUCGGGGCGGCAAUGGGUUCAGGACGAAGGCGGAGGAGGAUGAUGCAAAUGAACGCGCAAUCAUGCAGGCUUACAUCGAUCUGAUACAGGAAGAGGAAAAGGAGAAGUACGGAGACACCUAUGUGCCACCGAGCGAAACAAACCCUGCCGGUCCAAGAGCCGCAAUGUCUCCUACGCCAUCUCCUGCACAACCCCCUCUUAUACCGACAAGUACGAAGCCAAUGCCCAAGGAAGAGCCUCGAGCACCUAGUAUCGACCUUACAGGCGAAGACGAUCCAGAUACCUGGACCUGCGAGGUCUGCACCCUCGUCAACCCCAUCCAAUUCUUGGCCUGCGACGCAUGCACAACGGAGCGACCAUCAGCAAAGCCCACUCCACCAGUAAGACCGACUGGCACGAAUACGAGGAUUUCUGAUGUUCGAGAAAAGCCCAAUGCGUUGAAGCCGCGUCAGAGCGUGGUCAAAUCAUUAGCUGCACUGGAGGCGCAGGAAGCAAAGAAGCCCGCAAAACCAAUGGGGUGGCUGUGUCACGUCUGCAGCAAUUGGAUGGAAUCUCAAUGGUGGACUUGUGCAAGGUGUGGGAAUAUGAAACAGGUGUCGUGA